AUGAAGAAAGAGGGAAAGAUUCACGGGUUGAAUACGUUCCUUUGUUUCGCUGGUCGAUCAAGAAUCCAUCGACAGGUGACACUCGCCAGAAUGUCUCGUUUGCCAAAGUCAUCCGCCGCAUGUCCCAGACUACGACAUCAAGAUCAGGCUGGAACGGAGCCUUCGGAUGGGAUCAGCGCGAGCCCUUGCGCAAGCUGCUACAUCAACUCAGCUCAGGAUCUGAGCUUGUCAAUUGCGGUCGUUACAGCUAGCCUUUCAUAUACUCGACAACGACUGCCCAAUUUUAUAGCCAUGGCGGACGUCAAGCCCGAGGAUACCCCUGUGGAGGACCACAACGUCGAGAACAACAGCGUCGGCGAGGAAGAUGGCCACGAUGAGGAGGAGAUCUCUGCGAUGAAGAGGCGGGUAGCCGAGAUGGAAGAGGAGGCCGCCAAGUUGCGCGAAAUGCAAGCCAGCCUCGACCAACAGAGCCGGGAGCUUUCAGAGAACAAGGAGGAUAUCGACAGCCGCAGUAUCUUUGUCGGCAACGUUGACUACUCUGCCUCACCCGAGGAGAUUCAAGCUCACUUCCAGAGCUGUGGCUCUAUCAACCGCGUCACCAUUUUGUUGGACAAGUUCACUGGACAGCCCAAGGGAUAUGCCUACGUCGAGUUCACCGAGCCCAGCCUCGUCGCCCAGGCCCUGGUCCUCAACGAGAGCGUUUUCAAGGGCCGCAACCUCAAGGUCGUCCCCAAGCGCACCAAUAUCCCCGGCAUGUCUCGCGGCCGCGGUCGCGGCGGUGGGAGAGGAGGUCGCGGCGGCUUCGGCGGCCGUGGCGGUUUCCCGCCUCGCGGUGGUUACCGUGGAGGCUACCGCGGCCGGGGCAGAGGAGGAUACACCCCUUAUUAG